CCAAGGUUAACGUUGAAGAGGACCUCCACAGUCACCAAGCCAAUAAGGCUCGCAAUGGAAACCACCGCAAUCACACACCCAGUCAAUCAAGGGAACGUCUCCCUUUCUCUAACUCAUUAUUUUUCCAGGUAUUCAUCAUAUAAAGAUCCCCUUGGCUUGUCGUCAUCGGCGUCGUUGAGGAUCAGCCCACCUUACCACAAGCUUUCCGAUUUGCGGACGAGGAACACUUAUUUAUUCAUGCAGCUCCAUGACCAAUCAUUCCGCCCUUAUGACCUCCCAGACUUCGACGCUGGUAUGGAUUGUGGAGAUUCAUCAAUUCACCCGCUGUAUCCGCCGUGCUCACACUGUCCACAAGGGUCGAUGAAUCAAUGCAAAGAAGCAGCAUGCCCCAUACUAGAGAUGACCUCGCAGUGCACUGACCAGUGUGUCGUCGUCGCCUGUAACGAUCCUACCCACCCCGAGCCCAGUUGCCAUGUGGCUAAUGACGACGUAGUCUGCGAUGGCGCAUGUGUCCCUGAUGAGGACUGUGGCAAUUGUUCUGGUCUUGAAGAAUUGCUGCAAUGUUGCACUGACUAUCAUUCUUAUCUGUCUCAGCCAAAGACCCUUGACCCAAGCCUCACACAGUUCAACUGGAACCCGCAGUCUGCAAAUGAUUUGUGUGGAUGCGACGAGAGCGACUACAGCGAACAACAUGUGUCCCAAUUCUUGUCAGAACGCAGUGACAUAGCACAGCCUUUGGGUGUCGCAUCUCCCGAAUGCCCAGUAUCAUCUACUAGCUCAGCGUUUUCUUCACCCCACAUUUCCCAGGCGGCGACUCCAUUCACACCCGUUGGCCUGCCGCAACACCUGCCACAGUUCUCACCACAUGUGUUUCCUUGUUUGUGGGCAGACUGCAAGAUGAUAUUCCCGUCCCUUAUGGAGCUAGUCGGGCAUGUGAACUUGGACCAUCUCCGCCCCCCCAAUUUAACGAAGGGAUCAGCCCUUCAACAGGUAUGCUCAGACGCUUCCCAGAAUCAACAAUUCGACCCCAAUGCUUUGUCGUGCCACUGGGGAGACUGUGCUAUGCUACCAUGUACAGAAUCAAUUUCAAGCUCGUCGACAACUGGGUUUACGGAUACUGUCCUUGACGUUCUUACCACGCAUUUGAUGCAAGAUCAUCUUGGUAUCAAUUACCCCAUCCGGGCCAUCCCACAAUCGACGAUGGUGCGCACUGCACCACCACCGAAAACACCACCAACUCGCACAGAAAUUAUUUCCUGUGAUGAGUCACCCACAGACGCCCCGCCUUAUCCUUCACCUCGGGACAAGUCUUAUUCGCCAGACUCCUCGUCCACAGACGCCAUCAAACCUUGUAAAUGGAGCGGAUGCACGCAGACAUUCUCUUCUCCUGAUGACCUUACCAACCACAUCCUCUUUGCCCACAUCGGCAGCGGUAAAGCGCACUACGUCUGUUGCUGGGAGGGUUGCUCUCGGAAUGGCACGCAAGGAUUUUCAAGUAAACAAAAAGUGGCGCGGCACAUGCAGUCACACACAGGACAUAAACCAUUUAAGUGUAAAAUAUGCAAUGCACAUUUCUCGGAAACAGCUACAUUGCAGCAACAUAUGCGGAGGCAUACCCAAGAGAAACCAUACGUCUGCGAUUUUCCCGGGUGCGGCAAGGCGUUCGCUAUCACGGGUGCACUAACGAUCCACAAGCGGACGCACAAUGGCUUCAAGCCGUUCAAGUGCAAAUAUUGCGAGAAGGCCUUCGCUGAGUCGUCGAAUCUGUCAAAACACUUACGAACACACACGGGUGCACGCCCUUACCCCUGUCCUCAGGGUGGGUGUGAGAAGUCUUUCGCGAGGCCGGACCAACUUGCGAGACACAUGAGUGUACAUAGAAAGAAGGGCUUAAUAGGACUGGGAAUUGAAUGAACACUUCAGGAUAAAAUGUAUUUAAUCACUAUGUGAGACGAUAGGUUUU